UCGUGCCAACCAUCUUUCACAUUGCAGAUACACACUGGCGAUGUUUGCGGUCAACACUACGUUGAAAAUCUAUUCUGCCCAACAUUUUCAAACACUUGCCAGGGGACAUGUAUCGGGCUUAACGACGAGAUAUGCAGAAGGGAAGAAGAGUGAAUGCGGCAAGCUUUUUGAACGAACGUCGCAUAGGCUUCCUAAAUAACGAUCAAAAUUGAUUAUGCGAGUCGAAAGCAUGCUGGCCAUGAUGCAUGUCAUAUUGCAAUAUGUAGGGGAGAGCGAGUCGGGAACGUGACAGAAAUACAGAAUCAGAUGUUCGACGGGUAAAGCAUGAUGCGGACGCUGGCGCCGAAUGCGUGUGGCGGCAGGUUCGACCUGAAUUUUGAUUUCACCACGCCAGAGUUGCCAUGAGAGCGCGUAACGCG